CUCCAGAAAAAAAAUAAGGAUCUAGAAAGCAUUCCACCCUCUUUGCCUUCCUCCAAACUUACAAAUAGCCAAAUCCCUACGGAUACACGAACCCCUGAAUAUCCUCGAUCUUCCCGCCGGGUGACGAAUCUGCACGCGACAGACGCCUCAACACGCACGACAGCCAUAGAUUUGCGACUGCAUCAAGUCCACUAUUCGAGAAGACCCAGCAAGCUUUACAAUAUUAGGGGUUUAUCGGUGUGAGAAGCGCCCCCGCGAAGAAAAGUGACUGCAUCGGCAGCACGCGACCACACAAACCUCUCCGCCCUUCGACGUUCGCAAAACUUCCUUGUACCGAAUUUCUCACCACAAUGGCGGGCUUACAAGACCGUUUGCCGCAGCGCUCGGCACCAGGCCCCUCCCAGACUCAGACGGAAACGCAGAGCAGGACGGGCACGCAGGCAAUUCUACGGCUGAGAGGUGCCCACGCUCCAUCCAGGCAGUCGGUGCGAUGGGCGGAGGACGUGGUGGAUAACGAGGGCCUGGGACGCAAGAGCUCAAAAGUCUGCUGCAUCUACCACCGCCCCAAAGGCGUAGACGAAUCCAGCGACGAGUCUUCCUCGGAUUCCUCUGACGACUCUUCCGACUCGGAGGCGGACACUAACGGAGGGCGUAGGAGGGUACCCUCGGGAGACCACAAGGGUAAGGGUAAAGGAAAGAAGAGCGGUAAGCGGGGAGACCAUGACCACGACUGCGGCGACCACGAUCAUGACCACAGCGGCCACGGGCAUGGGAGGAAGUCUGGUCGCGAGGGGAGCGAGAGGAGGCGGCCUAGCCCGAAUGCGUAUGAGAGGGUGCCGAAGCCGCCUAAGCCCAAGGAUGAGGGGAGCGGUGGUUCGCCAGCCAAGGCUUGAGUGAAGGGAGCUUACACUGGAGAGCAUAAGAUGGUUGAUUUAUGGUUCGCGAUGCAUAUUUUUAGGCGUUGGAAGGGAUUGGUGCAUGGUUCACGGAUGAGCAUAUCUACAGCCCCCAGUAGGUGAGACGGGCGG